AUGUGCUCAUCAACGCUGAUCAUCCGCCAAUUAUUGAUUUUGGCAUUUAGCCUAUCAGCCGCUACUUUUAUUGAAGCCGUUUCGCUAGAAGAACUGACCUGUAAGCUGCGACCUUCGCUUUGUUCUAUCAAUUCAUCGAGAAGGUUGGUAUCUGGUGGAAAAGAUUUUGUCUCCGCCACCCGCCCACCACUUCCGAAAAACUUUGAUGCGUGGGGUUUAUACGGACUGGAGCCGGGGAAUGGGUAUGGGCCCCCGGGAGGGCCGGGAUAUGGACCAGGCAUGGGCGAUGUAGCGAUACAAACCGGCGUCGGCGUCGCCACCCCGAUCGGUGGGCUCGGAAUUCAACGAGGUUUUGGCCUUGGAUUUGGAGGCUCUGGACGAAUUGGCGGGCAGCCGAUCGGCUUCGGGAACGGCUUCGGGGAGACCGGAAAUGGACGAUACGCGCCUAUCGAUGGGUGGAACGCUAAA